AUGAUUGGACAAAUUGUUGGGUGUAUAUCUACUGGCAAGGAAGCCAACGACUAUCAUUCAACUUCAACUGAUAGUGAAAAACAUUAUGCUAUUAAAGUAUUUAAAACAUCAAUAUUGGUGUUCAAAGAUCGUGAUCGUUAUGUCACUGGUGAAUUCAGAUUUAGACAUGGUUACUGCAGGCAUAAUCCAAGAAAAAUUGUACGUUUAUGGGCUGAAAAAGAAAUGCGUAAUCUUGCUCGAAUGUAUGCAGAUGGUCUACCGGUACCUCAACCAAUUUUGUUAAGAUCGCAUGUUUUAAUUAUGUCGUUUAUCGGUAAAGAAGAUUGGCCUGCUCCAAAAUUAAAAGAUGCUCGUUUAACUACGUCUAAAGCGUGCCAACUUUAUAGAGAUUGUUUAAUAAUUAUGUGGAAACUAUACAACAUUUGUAAACUUGUACAUGCUGAUCUUAGCAAGUUUAAUUUAUUGUAUAAUGAUGGUGAAAUAGUGAUGAUAGACGUAUCUCAAGCUGUUGAACAUGAACAUCCACAUGCAUUAGAAUUCCUUAGAAAAGAUUGUACAAAUAUUACAGAGUUUUUCCGUCAUCAUGAUGUUGGUACAUUAACCAUUAAAUGUUUAUUUGACUUUCUCACUGAUCCCACCAUCACAUUAGAUAAUAUGGAAACUUGUCUUGAUCGUCUUCAAGUAAAUAUGGUCAAUUCAGAUCCAUUAACAAAUGAAGAAAUUGUUGACCAAGAACACCAUUUACGAAACAGAUCAUAG